GGAGUUGUUUAGUGUGCGUCGACGACCGUGGUAGUUGUGCAGGCGAACGGGACAGUAGCAGUAGCAGCAGCAGCAGCAGCAUACGAGCGAAAGAUAGGAAUCGGUCUGGUGCAAAAGAGGAGUGUGAAAGCGUAGGAAUUUUCAGAACACUGACCAUUUUCCUCCCAAAACGGUGGUGCAGUUUUCUUUCUUCGACCCGUUAACGUACGCGUCCCAGAGGUGGUGGAUUCCUUCGAGGUUUGUGUGUUUCUUCCCGUGUUCCACAGCACAAACACGAUACGAAGGCUGAAAACGCAUUUGGCUCUGCCCCCCCUCUCAAACCCUCAUCGAAGGGAGUAGCAGUGGUGCGAAAAGAUUUCUGGUGAUAUGAUGAUGAGCAGCAGUUUCGCUGGUGGUGAAAACGCAUUGGAAAAUCUUCCGGUUUUUGCACCGUUGAAACAUACAACAGUCAACGAGCGGUUUCUGUAGACGGAAAAGCUUCCCGAAAAUCGGGCUACUGCAGCAAAAUUGUCUUCCCGAUUGUGUGUGCGUGUGUUUUUUUUCUCUCUUCUGUGUGUGCGCUACGAGCAGGUGACAGCUACACAGCCAAAAGAGGGAAGACACCAGCUUCGAUAGGCUGGCCAUCGUGUGAUAUGCAUCGUGUGUGUCAGUGGCCUAAAGAAUUGCAUUCUUGCUUUCUACGAUAGAAGCUUAGCAAGGUGGAACCGUGCAUUUCACCGUCAAUACUACCUUCAAUUUACGGUGCUCGUUUGCGUGUUAGUGAGGUCCCCCGCCUGGUGGAUAAUACCAUUUUCUAUGGCUUUUUGUUCCAUUCGCAACGGAAGCAAUUUGCGUGUGGAAAAACAGCAUCAUUAGUAGGCCUCGGAAAAGUUCUCCCUGUUUUGUGACACACACACACGGACACACAGUCUAGUGUGAAAAACGUUGCCAGUGUGCGAGUGUGUAUGUACGCUAGUGGUUUCGUACAGCAAAAGAAAGAAAAUCCCACUCGGUCUCGCAUUCAUUAGACCUAGCAGCGAGCAUCGGAACAUCAUCGAAGCAGUCCGUGCACUUUUGUAGGGUGCCAGAACAGAACGUAAAAAACACACAUCUCUCUGUACAACGACGAUUAGUGCACACACAGAACGUGAAAAGUGUCUCCUCGCGCGCGUGUGGCAUGGUUCGAUUUUCCUGCUAGUGUGUAUAUUUUUCUGUUCCUUCCAUAUCCUGCUUACUUAUAUUGUGUGGUCCUAUUGUUAGUGAGGCGGAUAGUGGUGGUGUUGUGUGCCGUUUGUUAUCAGUGUACCCUCGUUGAAACAGGCGCACACACACACACUGACAGUGGCAACGUCACAAUCUGGGAAGGCCUAUUUAAUUUGCGAGAGCGGCUUGUCCCAUCCUCGUUGUGUUGUGUGUAGUGCAGCAGCACCAGCAGCAAUCAGCGCAACAUCGUCGUCAUCUCGCGUCGUUCGUCCUGUGUCCUGUGUCCUCCUCGCACCAGGAGAAGGACAAGUAGCUGGUACGAAACAGUGUGUGCGUGUGGAAUAGCAGAAAUAAAUAACAUCAUCUGAAUAAGUGAACCAACCAGACUAGCACGGCGGUAGUAGCUGUGUGAAGCCCGUGGACAGCGUGCGGCUGCUAACACAACGAGAAGAAAAUGUACAGUAAAAUGAAUGGAUAUCCUUCGUCAUCCUUUCGAUCAAGUGGCCGGCUUUGGGGAAUGUCGCACUCGCUGCCCUCCGGAAUGUCAAACUACCUGCAGGAUGCCGACUUUUCGUCCUACUCCCGGCCCCGGCUGUACGGCGAUAUGCCGUCGAGCAGUACGUUCGGCGGUGGGAAUCCUUCGACACCGCACCACCAUCACCAUCACCAUCACCACAACCACAGCCAACCAUCGUCCCAUCAUCACACGGCCUCGUCCAGCACCAGCUCGCUGACCGGCAUGAACUUUGGGCCGGGCGGGUCGUCGUCCGGUGGUGGCGGCGGCGGCAAUGCCGGCACGAACCUGAUCGUCAACUAUCUGCCGCAGGACAUGACGGAGCGGGAGAUGUACUCGAUGUUCUCCUCGAUAGGACCGCUCGAGAGCUGUCGACUGAUGCGAGAUCUAAAGCAGACUGGGUACAGCUACGGCUUCGGUUUCGUCAACUACCUGAACGAGGACGCGGCCCAGCGGGCGAUCAAGUGUCUGAACGGUUAUCCGCUGCGCAACAAGCGGCUAAAGGUGUCGUACGCGCGGCCCCAAAGCGACGACAUCAAGGAGACGAACCUGUACAUUACGAACCUGCCGCGCACGAUCACCGAGGAGCAGCUGGACAUCAUUUUCGGCAAGUACGGUACCAUCGUGCAGAAGAACAUCCUGCGCGAUAAGCUGACCGGUCAGCCCCGUGGGGUGGCUUUCGUACGUUUCAAUAAGCGCGAGGAAGCGCAGGAAGCAAUAUCGGCCCUCAACAAUGUGAUCCCGCAGGGCGGCAAUCAACCAUUGAUAGUGCGGGUCGCGGAAGACCAUGGGCGAGCAAAGGCGGCCCUCUACGUACCCUCGUACAACUCUAUCGUGCACAACAAUAGAGCCAUGCUUCCCCGUCAGAACUCGAUGAAGUAUAGUGAUCGAUCGAGUGGUCUGCUCCGGUCGCACCACUCGUUAAUAUUUUACUAACUUUCCUUGCUCGACGAGAUGAAAUCGGAAGGAUCGAAUCCGGGUCAGAUCGAAGGGCCUUGGUUUGUGUUGAUGUGCUUAAACACUCCCCUAUGUGCUUUGCUUGCAACAUCGAAAACCGUUGAGUUCGUGAACGGUCGCGCAGUCCGUCGUCCAACGAUGGACGAUCUAAACGUGUAAUGAUGGUUGUAAAACUUCAAUUUUAGCCUAAGUGACAUUAAAUAGGACGUACGCAGCUACAAAGAGCAACACUGGUUAUACGUCACACCUGCAGCAGUAACUCGAUUGUUCAGUAAGUAGUUUGGAAAAGCGAUAGUUGUGAUGAGAUUGACCCGACACGUUGUGGAAUUGCUGCUGUAUCGAGCGUGUAAAUGAGACAGAUUUUAUAUAUACACACAACCCUGUUGUGUUCAGCGAAUCGCAACUACUAAGCACGAUCAUCCGAUCGCAUCAGGCAUAAUGAAUCUUCCUAUAUUUGGCUAAACUAAGGCAACUUGGGGUCGCAUGAAGCUGCUGUCAGCAACACUUUAUCCACUGGUUUUUUGGCUCCCAUCUGUAAGCAGCACAACUCGACGACCACACAGCGCUAGUUUUAGGUUAGUACGAGUGAGUGUGGUUGUUUCUGUAAGAAGAAACCUCACUGGAAUUAAAAAAAAUCCUCAUAAAUCGCUAUAGCGAACGCUGCAUAAUAAGACUUUUUUUUCUGAUCGAAUUAAAGCAAGCAAAAACGUUCAAAAACUUACUGCAAAACAAAUAGGAACAAAAAAUCUCUAGCCACACUUACGAAUGAAAACAGGGUUCUACUGUAAAGCUCACUAGAGUAUCAUGACGGGAGGACGUAGCGUGUAACGUGAUAGUAGCCGCCAUCAACUGCUUAGACAGCUCGUUCACUAAGCUCGCAGUUUUAAAAUUCCUAACACCGUUCCGUGGUUUUGUUUUUCUUGGCCCGUACAACACUCGACUGACAGCCUUCAAGAAUUGUUUCGUUGUCGAGUGCAUAAUAGAAGAAAUGCUAGUUGCUGCCAUUUGUCACUUUUGCUAGUUAAAAAAUCCAAAACUCUUCAAACUGGGAGAUUAGCUGUACAGUAAAAAAGGACUUCGUCUCCAUAAAAGCAUACAAGGGUGUUCGGGAUAAAUUUCAUAUUCUUCGGGUAGGUUACCCAAAAUAUUCGUUAUUUUUAAGUUUAGACCCAGCAACAUUUUUAUUACAUGUGCCAGAAAAGAUGGAUGGAAUAGAAUAACUUGCAUCACAAUGAUUCGCCAUGAAAUGAGGGAUAGGGAUGGCUAAUGCUCCCUGAACACAGUAGUAAAAAGAAUGAGGCGUGAAGCCUAGACUGUACCAGGACAAUUACGUGAGGAAUGUCCAGACUCCAGCUCUCCAAACAGUGAUGGCUUUGUCUUCAGUGAAGACAGUGAACAGGUUGUCCUAUAUAUGGCAGGCCCUAUAUAUUACUGCAGGAUUCAGUCCCGUGCCACUUACUUAUUUACUUACUUGCCAGGCACAACAAUCCUCGAUACACGGUCUAGUGCCGUCAUCUACCAAUCUCUUAUCCCGGUUGUUCUGGCGGACGCAUCAUGGCCAUCACUUCAUCUCAAGUUGGGCCUACCAAACAUCCUGUGUUAAUGUGGACGGCCUAAAAGAACUUUACGGGCUGGGUAGUUUGGUGCCAUUCUCAUGACAUGACCAUCACACCGGAGCCUGGCUAGUCUAAUCGUCGGACAGCUUGUAGAGCUCUUCAAUGUCUAUGUCUCAGAGGCGUAUGUAGCCAGUUCAUCGCGUCAGGUAUUUUGAGUGGAGAAGUUUCCUCACGCUGUAGUACGAUCGUUAUCCCGGUCAUUGAAAACGCCUAGCUAACAAUUUAAAGAGUUUCUGAAGUCCUCUCCAAGGACUCUAUAGCAUCAGCUUGUUAGUGGUUCGAAAGCAGAAUUAAAACUCUGAUCGAAUCGAUCGAUCGGUGGAUAUUGUGAGUGAAUCUUAUCGAUAUAAUUAUAAUUUACUCUGCCUGUAUUUUAUUCGCCUAAUUAAUUUAAUUGAUUUUCGAAACUGUCAAAUUGAUCCCGAACACCCCUGUACAUUUCCAAGAGAUGAAAGCCGCGUCGAGCCUAACUAACACAUAAAAAACACGAUCGACACGAUAGGAGUUGGCCAGUUGGAAUUCGAAAUUUGUAGUGUAAACUCGAAGGUAUUUUGACAACCAGCAAAACAAAAGAAAACCCCGGGAAUUGCGAGGAGAUCGUUAGAGAUGUAGAUUUUACAUAAAUUACUUUCCUAUUUGACGCUUUAAUUUACUAAAAGAGACUUUGAAUGAUGCUUCCUCCCAAAAGCAUUACCCCAAAGCUCCGGAAACACAUACACACACACACACGCGAUAGCAAGCAGAUCAAACUAUUGAACUCAUUCUAGCAAUAAAACCAAGCAAAAACCAAAACCGUGUGAUACACAAUGGACGUGAAAUUAUAGUAAUAUAGCAAAACAGAAAAAAAACAGAAAUUGUAGAAAAACGUUCGUAAAGGAGAAUUAAAAAAAAGACGUCUAUACGAAUAGAGAAAAUUAAAAAAGGAAAAAAAGAAUAGUGCAACAGACAGACAAGUACACAGUAGCGCUCCUUUAUUCGGCGACAUUCGUCCGUUUUUUGGUAUUUUCGUCCCAAAACUCUGCCAUUUGCGGUGCCAGUUGCGCCAGUUGAUAAUCCUCUUCUCUCUCUAUCUCUCUCUCUCGCUCUCUCUCUCGAUCUCGCUCUCCAUACCUCAUUAAGCAAGUUAAAAACACUAAAAACUGGAAAAAGGGCAGCUUUGCGAGUACAUUGCUGCUGCUACUAACUUUAAUAUAACAGACAAAGAAAAAAUCAAACUCUUCCUCCACAAAACAUUACACAAAACCCUGCAGUUGUAGAGCCAAAAGAUUUCAAUCAAAAACCAUGUUCUUAUACACACACACGGGGGAGAGAUACAUCCGAUUUUGUCCGGCUUUAGCAUUAGCAGUUUGAUCUUCCAUAUUAGUGAUUAAAGCGAUGAUUAUAAUUGCGCAUUGCUAAUUUUAACUACAAGCAACCGAAAGCACGUGAACGGGGUGAGCUUCUCCCCUGAGAAGUCGGAGAAGGGAGAUUCGCUAUUUGUUCCUUGGCGUUAUUAAUUUUUGAGCAUGCAAAACUUCGACUAGUGGCCGCGCCAUACCUUAGUGAAACGAACGAACUAAACAUACGCGAAUAGCUAACGAAAAAUCUGCUAUUAUACGGAGAGUAGUUGAGUGAGUAAGAGAGGAACAAAAAAGCUUGUAAGGACAGAGUACGCGAGUAGAAGGACGAAAAAAGAAGGACGAAAAGUUUAAGUAAAACAACAGGAAAAAAAAACAAACAAAAACGAAAACGAAUACAGUUUACAUGUUAUGGCACAAGAGCAACUAAGUAGUAGUACGAGAUAGCUUGAAAAGACGAAAGAAAAAAGAAAAACAUUUACGUGUCUUAUAUAUUGAACCAAUGGCAUAUAUACAUAUAAAUAUAUAUAUACAAACAAAAAACAAACCAUAUAUACAUUCUGUUUGUUCUCCUAUUCCUACGAAAACUAAUGUUAAAACCGGAACAAAACAAAUAAUAAUGAUGAGUAAAGAAAAAUAAGGAAGAUGACAGGCAGGGCAGACCUAGCAGAUAAGAAAGUAGGAUUGAGCAAUAGAGAUUCUCUCUGUAACCGGGUAGAGUGGAAUUGUUAGUUGCGUGUGCGUGUUGAAUUGUGUGUGUGCGUUGUGUAUAUACAGGUUACAGUGAUUCGAAGGGGGAAUUUUCCGGGUACUCGACUAUGAGGACGAUUCUGUUGGCUUUUUGGACUGGGUGAUACAUGAUUCUUUGAAAAAAAAACCUCUUCAUAAAAUCGGUCACCAAGUAAGAAAUUUGGACAAUUGUUCUUCAAAAUGAUCUUCAACGAUAUCGCAAGACUAUGCGUUAUACCGCAACUAGGAGAGAACUAGGAGUAUGUACUAGGAGAUAAUGCUGAUCUCCCUCGGUGGUCUUCACACGGUAGGACCGGGGUUCAAAUCACAUCCAUGACCGCCUCCCUGUUCGAAGAACUGAGCUACGUGUAAAAUCAAGUAAAAUCAAACAGAAAGACAAAAAUGGCAGGUCACGAGACCCUUCAGAGGUUUAUGUAGUAUCCAAGGAAGAAGAGAUAAUGCUGAUGACCACAUGUCGUGAUUACUACUACGAAUUACUGUUCAAAUGAUUGGGAGUAUUUUUUUUUCCACACGUCGGCCAUCAAUUGAACGCCAUGUUUGAAAAAUAAUAGAGGCACCACUCCUCGAACGGUGCGGACAUAUAGGUCCAAGAAAAUAAGGUCCAUUUAAGAAGAACUGUAAUUGACGUAGUGUGGGUCUAGACUUGACGAAGUAGAAGUGUGAGUUCACUCUAUUUAAUGGAGCUUUUCAAUCAUUUAGGGGAGUGUUGCAAAGAAACGAGUGAAUCGCGCAUACAGGGAGAGAAGAUUCGCGAUCAUGGAACUUUGCAACCAUCUGAUGGAAAACCUCUCUCUGUGGCAAAGUAAAGUGGCUAUCCCGGAGAAUUUGCGUAUUAUUGGAACUAAUGUAAUUAAUAAGUAACCCGAUCCAGGGCUACACUCCUCCACCACCGUCUGUGUCCGAUCACCCUCUGAUCAGAUUCCACUUGAUCCAGCCAAUCAGCUCGCUGUACUCCUCUACGCCUCAUGGCGAACUGGUGGCUGGCGAGUUAUCUUCCUGGUAUGGCGUGAGUCUAAGUCUAAUAAGGACGUGUGCCAUCUAUUUUACCCGACUCAUGUAAUACUUUGAGCCACAAUCUUGAGGAUAUCCCAAAGCUUCGUGCUGUACUUGUACCAUAGUCCAGAUCCAGAGGUUAUUCGGUUGCUGUCCAAAAGAGCAGACAAUAUUUUCCCAAUCUUGAGACUUCAAUGUUUUAGGCCAUGUUUGAUAAGCAAUAGUGGCCACCACUCUUUGUAACAAGCCAAACAGGAUCAUGAUUGUUCGUCCCUAAGCCAAGAUAAUCGUCCUCAAAGACCAAAUUUCCGUUCGAGUCAUCAUUUAGUACAUAAAAUGAAUUAUUUCUGUUUUCCGUAAUUCAGUUCACCCGUGGCAAAUAAUUCAAACUGUGUUCAACGUGUGAAGCUUUCUUCCUAGCAGUACUAGCUGUUUUCCUCCUCCUCCUCAUCAAAUGCAGUGUGGUGGAUUUGUUGAAGUAAGAGCGUGUGUACAGGAGGAAAAAAAUCAAAUUAAUUUGUCAAUUAUUCAAAAUAGUUGAGCGUGCAAAUAGAGCGUGUAUGCAAUUAUGAUAGCUGCAAGAUGGAGAAAGUAAGCAAGCAAAGCCCGUAUUUAUUGUAUUUAUAAUACUACUUAUUUUAGAGAAGGACCUAAGAGCUACCGCUCAGACACAACUAUAGUGUCAAAGGCAAAGGACAAGAAAACAAGGGGGACAAGGUUGAAAAUUUGCUUCCUUUUUGCAUUAGAGAAGCUCGGUUAACUCUGUCAAUAGUCGAGCCCGCAGUUCCGGACUAAUAAUCCUGAGUGGCGCCAGAUAAGGCAUUCAAACGACCUUCCCCAAUGAAUUCGCGUGUGUGGUCCGCCUGUGUGUGCGAGUGUGCGUGUGAUAUAACUGUGUGCGUUUGAAUUGUUUUAUUGCUCUCGAAUAAAAAGUAGAACCAAGCAAAUAAUGUGAAAACAUUACAAAAAAAAAAGGAAACGAAACAUAAGAUCUAGUUAUUAGCUGUGAUUUUUUGGUUGUGUCAACCAGAGAGAGAGAGAGAGAGAGAGAGAGAGAGAGAGCAAUGUAUGGAAAAAGAAAACUAUAAAGCAGAUCGUCUAUAACUAAACUUGAUCUAAAGUGAAAGAAAGUGUAUAAUAAAACUAAACGAUAUAUGGCGAAUAAUAUGAAGAGAAGACGAAGACAAACGAUCCCGUGGUAAGCAAGAAGGCACGAUCGUAAGAAAUCAGCAAAACAAAAGGAGGCGAAAGAGAAAAUUCAAAAACCCCAAAACACACACACACACACACUAGGCACACUAUUACUACAAUAAAUGAAGGAAUUAAAUGAAAAUUGAUUAACUUUUCCCAAAUAGAAGAGGGAAAAGAGGAGAAAAAGGGAAAACAGAACAGAAGAAAAACGAAGAGAGAGAUACAAUUGCUUCCAGGACGGAGGAAAAACAGUAACCAGUAAAACAUAAUACAACAGAGAGAUGAAAACUACAUGAAUAAACCCUGUGCGUGUGUGUGUGAAUGAAGUGUGAAUCGAAUCGAUGCACCGUAUGCAUCGCGCGUGUGCGUGUGUGUGAUAGUGUGUGUAAAUUACGAGAAAUAUUAGUGGGAAACGAAAAAUCUUGAGAAGCCGAAUGAAGCAAGCUAAA